AUGGGGCGGCACCACUGCUCCUCCGUGGAUUCACCUUCAAUCAUUCUCAUCUCCAAAUCCUCUCUCUCAGAGUGCCCCGGACAAGUCUUGUUAUAUAUGUACAUGUGAGUGAGCGAGUUCAGAGGCACUGGAAGGUGAAAGGGAGGAGGGCAGGGCGGAGAGAUGGAGGUGGACGUGAAGAGCAUUGCGGUGUCCGACGACAAGAACGAGCGCGAGAGAGCGUCGGACCAAGAGAGCAAUGGCGCGCCGAAGGGAAGGAAGCUUGGAGGCAUCAGAACCAUGCCGUUUAUCCUCGCGAACGAGGUGUGCGAUAGGUUCGCGUCAUCCGGGUUCCACGCCAACAUGAUAACGUACCUGACCCAAGUGCUGAACCUCCCGCUGGUUCAGGCUUCCAACACCCUCAGCAACUUUAGUGGGACUGCCAGCUUCACCCCGUUGCUCGGGGCUUUGCUUGCCGAUGCGGUCGCGGGCCGGUACUGGACCAUCGUCAUCGGCUCCAUUGUCUACCAAAUGGGUCUGAUUAGCAUAGUCAUCUCGGCAGUGCUCCCUUCCCUCCGGCCGCCGCCCUGUCCGACCCAGGUGAACUGCCAGGAAGCCUCCACCACCCAGCUGUGGGUCCUCUACAUCUCGCUUCUCCUCACCUCCCUCGGCUCCGGCGGCAUCCGCCCCUGCGUCGUCACCUUCGCCGCCGACCAGUUCGACAUGUCCAAGGCCAAGGUCACCUCCCGCGGGUGGAACUUCUUCAACUGGUACUACUUCAGCAUGGGCAUGGCCACGCUCACGGCCAUCACUGUCGUCGUCUACAUCCAGGACAACGUGGGGUGGGGCUGGGGGCUUGGGAUCCCGGCUGUGGCCAUGGUGGUUUCGGUGGUGGCGUUUGUCAUCGGGUCGAGGCUGUACGUGAAGUUGAAGCCCGGAGGGAGCCCACUCACACGACUAGCUCAGGUGAUAGUGGCGGCUGUGAAGAAGAGGAAUGUGCCGGUGCCGGAGGAUCCCGGGUUGUUGUACGAGAACAAGGAGCUCGACGCGGUCAUUUCCGUGCAUGGGAGGCUAUUGCACUCGGAGCAAUUCAAGUGGCUCGACAAAGCCGCGACUAUGACCGAAGAAGAGGCUAGGAGUUCAGGUCCGCCGGACCUAUGGCGGUUGGUCACGGUGCACCGUGUGGAGGAGCUGAAAUGCAUCGUUAGGAUGCUUCCGAUUUGGUCUGCCGGGAUCCUGCUGGUCACGUGUUCGUCGCACCUCGGCAGCUUCACCAUCGUCCAGGCUCGAAGCAUGGACCGUCACCUGUCCCGCUCCUUCCAAAUCCCGCCCGCUUCGCUCUCCAUCUUCAGCAUCCUAACCAUGCUCUCCGGUCUGGUUUUGUACGAGCGCCUAUUUGUCCCCUUCAUUCGCCGAUUCACCGGAAACCCGGUUGGGAUCACGUGCCUCCAGAGAAUGGGGAUAGGAUUCACCAUAAACAUCCUAGGCGCGAUAGUCGCGUCGUUUGUCGAGAUCAAGAGGAAAAAGGUCGCCGCCGCUCACCACCUGCUGGACGACCCGAAGGCCAUCAUACCCAUCAGCGUCUUCUGGCUGGUCCCACAGUACUUCAUCCAUGGGAUAGCCGAGGUCUUCUCGUCCGUGGGUCACCUGGAGUUCCUCUACGACCAGUCUCCCGAGAGCAUGAGAAGCACGGCGGCUGCACUGUACUGGGUCGCCAUAUCGGUUGGGAACUACCUCGGCACGCUGCUGGUGACCCUCGUCCACGACCACACAGGCAAGGAGAGGAAUUGGCUCCCGGCCCGGAACCUCAACCGGGGGAGAUUGGAGCACUAUUACUGGCUCGUCAGCGGGAUUCAAGUCGUCAAUCUGGUGUAUUACCUGGUCUGCGCUUGGCUCUACACGUACAAGCCCAUCGAAGAGUCGAUCUGCAAGGAAGAAGAAGAGGCGGAGCCGGCACCGGCGCCAGCAAAAGACGACGCUCUGGCCAAGAAUAUGGCUAAUGGGACUAAUGGGAAUGCAGGGGAGAUGGAGCUGAUUGCAAAUGCUGAGAAAGCUUAGAAAUUUGCUGACAACUUGCUGCAGCAGAAAAUGUAUAUUAUGUACUGAUUAUGGUUCAACGGCUUAAAUCAGAUCAUGAUUUUUAAGCAUCUU